GUCGCGAGGUACAUACAUACGUAGUGUGUCAUGAGCGUUUAAACUUGCGAGUUGUUUAUGGUUAGUGUGUUAAAAAAUGCCAACAAAGCAGAGAAAAUCAUUGCAAAUCAGAUUAAAUUUGCAUCAAAAAGCUGAGAUUUUAAGAAAACUCGAUGAAGUUAUUCAUGGAAAUCGAUUGGCGUUGGAUUAUAAUGUAUCUAAGGCGGCCAUCUCAAAAAUAAAGAAAAAACGUCAUGAAAUUUUGGAGGCAGUGGCAAACACACAUGAAGUUGCAACCAAGAAAACUUUACAUAAAUCGGAAUAUCCCGUUCUUGAGGCAAGGUUGUAUAAAUGGUUCUUAAGCCAAAGACAGCGUAAUUGCGCAAUGAGUGGUCCAAUUUUAAAGGCAAGAGCCGAGCUCGAAAUUGCCAAAUUGCACACAGGAAAACAAUUUCAUGCAUGUGAUGGAUGGCUUGCAAAUUUCAAGAAAAGAUUCGGUAUUCGCCACUUAAAAAUUUGUGUGGAAAUCCUCUCAAGCGACAAGUCAGGAGUAACACCGUUCAUUCAUAAUUUCCGGGCAAAAAUGAAUGAAGAAAUUCCAUUGCUUACAUUGAUUAGAUCAAAUAGUUCUCACGAUGAUACACUUCGAGAGGUACAAUCGUUAUUGUCCAAGGUGGGUGGUGUUGACGUCAGCAGUGAAGACAUCGAAAAUUGGAACGACGAUCAAAAUACGGAAGAUGAUGAAGAUUUCGAAGUGUCUGACAAUGAAGAUGAAGAACCAGUUGUCGAGGAAGAUAUGCAACAACAGAAAGUCAGUUUUUCCGAAGCAGUUGAAUGCAUCGGUACCUUGAUAAAGUGGUAUGAAAACAAUAAUGAUGCAAAUCAGAUAUCACAUCUUAUUAAUAUGCGUACGAGAAUUGUCAGGAGCUAUUACACAAAAGAAAAGAAACAAACAAGUCUCGACCGCUUCUUUAAACCAGCCCUUACAAAUUAAUAUGUACAUAUGUAUGUAUGUAUAAUGUGAAAAAGUACAAACUAAAUCUAAGUUUAUGUUUUGUUAAGAGUAAAAGUCAGUCAUGCAAAUAAAUUGAACGUAUUAUAUCACCAAAA